UUGUUUGCGAUUCGAGCUCCGAAACCCGAAGCUGAAGCUCAUUCACGUCGCUGUUUUCCGAGCCUGAUCUUAUGGCCGAAGUUUUAUAUCGUUACAAUUUCAUCGAAUUAUAAUCACGGUGAAAUUUCUCAUUCCUUAUUUUCAAAACUGGCACGACAUACACCGAUCGAUGUACGUUAUUCGUAAAACUGCCAGCCAUUUAGCAGAAAAAUUUUAGGAAGGAAAGGCCUUCAGUGAAAUUAUUUACUUGAAAUACGUCACGAUGCAACCCAAUAAACCUCAAGUCAUUAUAUGCCUUUUGCUGUUUUCCACCGUCCUUGUCAUUUACGCUUUUGCCAAGGCAUUUACCUUCCUGUUGGAAUACCUGCGUCAUAAUGGCGAUGAACAUUUGGAAAAUAGCUGGAUUUUUCGAUUAGCUUUGAAUUUACUGGGAUAUGGAACUAUUUUUGUGCCUGGGUUUAUCAUUUUCCAAUACGUAAAGAGAAGUAAAAUUGCGGAAUCUGCAGAUCAAAAUUUCUUCAGUCGGCUUGUAAGAGAAUGCUUUUUGGGGUCUGAUAAAAAAGCGUAUGUCAGUUUGGAUUCGAGUGGUUCUACCAAGCCGCAGACUUUUUUUCAAGAAACAUUUCAACUUCUCUUCUGUUCAGUGGGUUUAAUUGGAACUUAUGUGAUAUGGGGAUUGCUUCAAGAAAAAAUAAUGACUCAAAAUUACGAAAAUCGCAAAGGUGAAAAAGAUAAAUUCGAAGAUUCACAGUUUCUAGUUUUUGUCAAUAGAAUAUUAGCAUUUUUGCUGUCAGGGGCGAUAUUAUUGAUUUUUAAUCAACCGAGGCAUACUGUUCCCUUUUAUAAAUAUAUUUACUGUUCUUUCUCAAACAUUAUGAGUUCCUGGUGCCAAUAUGAAGCAUUAAAGUUUAUCAGUUUUCCGACUCAAGUGCUGGCUAAAGCGUCAAAAUUGAUUCCUGUGAUGAUAAUGGGAAAAAUAGUUUCGAAAAAAAAGUACAAAUAUUAUGAAUACAUCACGGCGUUAUUAAUUUGCGUUGGUAUGGCUAUGUUUCUGGUUGGAUCAAGGGAUACUACCAAAAACGAUGAAACAAUAACAACGUUUUCCGGAGCUGUCUUGAUUGUUGGAUAUAUGUUAUUUGAUAGUUUCACUUCGAAUUGGCAAAGUAAACUUUUUACCAAGUAUUCAGCAACAUCAUUGCAAAUGAUGUGUGGAGUUAAUUUUUUCUCUUGUUUGUUGACUACUGUGUCUCUAUUCCAACAAGAAGGAUUUAGCGAUUCUUUUUAUUUUAUGGUCAAGUUCCCUAAUUUUGCUGUAGAUUGUUUUGUCUUAUCGGUAUGUUCAGCCAUAGGGCAGCUUUUUAUAUUUAACACCAUUUCUUGUUUCGGUCCAGUAGUUUUUGUGAUAAUAAUGACAGUGAGACAAGCGCUUGCAAUUAUUUUAUCGUGUAUUAUGUAUCGUCAUGCGUUGACUGCCAUUGGUAUAGUUGGUAUAUUCGUCGUGUUUGUGGCUAUCUUUCUGCGCAUAUAUUGCGGUCAACGAAUUAAACGUUUGAAAAAGAAAUCUCCAAAUUCGUCAUCGGUGUGAAACCGAAUCAUUUAUCUGUUGUUGAAUGUGUGGAGUGCGUUUUUGUGAUUUUUUUUUUUUAGUGAUUACCUAAUAAUAUGUACCUACAUGAUGUCAACGUAUUAUAAAUCAUCAUGAUGAAAAAAAUUAUGAAUAAUAGGUAUCACGAAAAACAUGUUCGCUAGUCCAAUGAAAAAAUAUUAUCUACGUAACUUAAUCUUUAUAAAUGUUGAAAACGCCCUUAAGAGAUGCAUUUAUUCCUUUUUGUAUUUUUUCUGUCGUCAGUUUUUAAAUUUGUUAGUCUUAGUUAUUUUUGGACCCAUACUGUAGAUCAUCUUCCAUGUAAAUAGAAGGUUUUGUACUUUGUACCUAUUUAAAGUUAAAAAACACCACGCCGUAAUUUUUUAUAUGUAGUCGGCUUAUUUAAUUUAUUCAGAGUUAUCGCAAGUACUUAUAGUUUUUUUUUUCAAACAGGGUGUCUACCAGGUAGUGAAAAUAGUGAAAGUAGUGAAAGUAGUGAAAAAGUAGUGAUUUUCAGCCAUUUUGCUUAAAAAGUAGUGAAAAAUGAAAAAAAGUGGAAAAUCUGAUUUUCCACACAAGAAAAAUUUUCUUAAAAAUGGCUCAUUUGUUGACUUUAUUAGAACUUGAAUUAGACCACGUAUUUUUAAAAAAAAUUCCCCUCGCUUCGCUCGGGCUGUUUGCUCUUCUAUUUCAGUAUAAAAAACUUCAAGAAAUGUUCGAAGUUUCAAUCAGAAAAAUGCUCCCUUACCUCCAUAAAAACAACUGUUUUUUUUCUUCUUGAAACAUGAAUUUUGGAAAGCGUUCUUGGCGUCGCUUCAUUCGGGCUCGUUUGCUUUUUUUCAAGUUUUAUUUAUUUACUUUUUUUUUAAAAAUAAUCAUUCAAGUUUUAAAAUUUUGAAGCAAAAAUAAUGAACUUCUUCAUUCAUUGCCCAAGAAAGCAACGUUUUUAUACCCCUCGAAGUACUAAUUUUCGAUAGCUUUUUCGAAAAAUUGGUAUAUUUUUUCCAAAUGAAGAGUGAUAUUCCAAAACUCGCUUUGUCCAUUUUUGUCGAAGUUGGGUUUUCAGCGGUACCUGGUAGAUGAAGUAUUAACUCACAUUCCUACAUCAUCAACCUACCAAAAUGAGGCGUUAAAGUCACCUAAAUAGCCAAUUCACUAAGAAUUUUAAAAAAAAUAAUGUUCCAAAACGCGCUUUGUCCAUUUUUAUUGAAAUUUUUUUCAGCAGUAUUUAGUGGAUGAAGUGUAUACCUACACUCCUACAUCAUAAAUCCACCCAAAUAAAGUGCUAAACUCGCCUAAAAAUCCAAUUUACCCGUUUAAAGGGAAACUGUUUUUCCUCUCUCCUGAAAAGUUGUGAAAAUGGACAAAGCGAGUUUUGGAAUAUCACUCUUCAAAUGUUGUUCAAAUUCAGGGUGUCUAACAGGUACUGCAGGUACUGCAAGUACUGUAAAAGUACUGCAUUGAAAUCCUCGGUACUGCAAGUACUGUAAAGUACUUGUUAGAUAGUCGAUGUGAUCCGUUAUUGUAUCGUCUACGUACUCGUAGCUAUUCUAUAGGUACGAGAUAAGCUUGUGGGAUUUUCCACUUUGUACUUGUACUCAUUGUACAUAUCAUACCUGACCAAAUAUACGUUAUUCCGUUGUGUU